AUGGCUUCCAUGUUAAAACGGACGUCUUGUCCGAUACUUCCACGGCUGCGUCCGAUCCACCAAAAUCCAAGGAUCCGCAGCCCCUGGAUCGUGCCACCCAGGGCCAGAACGCCCUCACCGGGGUCCGCCAUCGCCUUUACGUCCAGCGUCCAUGCAAACUCAAUGUCAAGGGACACAGAGGCACCUCGAAUGUUUCCCACUACCGGUUACCAAUCUAUUGAGGCUGACCAGCCCGUCGAAGAGGAGACACUGCCCGAUUACAGAGCUUAUCGCUUUUAUCCCGUCCAACUGGGCGAGGUGUUCAACGACCGCUACCAAGCAAUUGCGAAGCUGGGCUAUGGCUCAUCAUCGACUACUUGGCUCGCCCGGGACUUAAGUGAUCGUCGGUACGUCGCAUUGAAGGUCUAUGUGCAUACAUCGUUGGUGCAUCGUGAACUGCCGGCCUACCAUCAAAUCGCUGGCCGUAUAUCAGACAGCUCUCAUGAAGGGCAAGGCAAUUUACGCAGGUUAUUUGACUCAUUUGAGGUUAAAGGUCCCGAUGGCAGCCACAUCGUCCUCGUGUUUGAAGCUGCACAAAUGAGCUUACAGGACAUGAAGAACAUAUUCCGCCCGGAUGGAUUUGACGAAGAUCUCGUCAAAGGUGCUACUAUUGAGCUCCUGAAAGUGCUUGAUUUCCUACAUACGCAGGGGGAAGUCGUCCAUACCGAUGUCCACCCCGGAAAUAUGCUCCUCGGGGUUCUCGACAACAGCAUUUUUCAAGCCAUUGAAAAGGAGGAAUAUACAGAUCCGGUGCCUCGUAAACAAGUCUCGUCCACCCGGACGAUCUAUCUCUCCCGUCUAAUGCGACCAAAGGUAGGCCCAAUGCUUCUAUCCGACUUUGGAGAAGCCAGAGUUGGCCCUGGACCGCACGGUGGCGAUAUAAUGCCCUUGGAAUAUCGGGCUCCCGAGACGUUGCUUUACGUGGGCUGGAGUUAUCCGGUCGAUAUAUGGAGUGUUGGGCUUACAGCGUGGGACCUCCUUGAACCAAAGCAGCUGUUUACUGCACGCGACGAGGAUGGCGAUCUCUAUGAUGCUGCGCAUCUAGCCCAGAUGGUUGCCGCAUUAGGGCCCCCUCCAGCGGAAUUCCUGGCUAAGAAUCCCGAGAGAAGGGCUGAUUUCUGGGAUGAUGAAGGCAAAUGGCUGGGUCUCGCGCCCAUCCCGGAGGGCCGGACGAUGGAAGCCCUUGUCACUCGCUUAGAAGCUCCAGCGGGCUUUCUCGCAUUCAUUAGAAGGGCGCUGACCUGGAUGCCGGAAGAGAGAGCAACAGCUAAGGAGCUCUUGAAGGAUCCUUGGCUUGCGGAGGGGGAGGCAUAG